AUGAUUCUCUUUGUUUCCUAUCUCAUAGAAAGCAAACGAUACGUAAAGGAUCUCAAAAUAACGUUGGAGAGACAAGACAAUCAAGUGAAGAAUGUCGUUACUUUGUGCAUGAAUACUAUCAAAGAAAUGAAGACUGGCCAACUGUUAUUAGACCCUCAGGAAGAACGAUCCUUGAAUGCCUUAAAUAGAACAUACAAGCUUCCAGAACAAGUUGAAACGAGUUUAAAUGAUAGCGAUAGUGAUGAAGAGGUAUCCGUUGAAAGCGGAGAUGUUACUGUGCGAGCAAGUUUAUGCGCUAAUAUGGAUUGGAUGUCUCAUACCUCCGAGACGCGACAACUGCUGCAGCCUUCUUUCCUAGAGGACCAGUAUCACAACAAAAUGUGCAGACGAAAGAAAAAAGUUACGAACCCGCGAACAAAACAAAAAGAAGUGAAAGUCCACAAUAAAAGAAAAUAUCUGCCCAGAUGA